UUACCUCUGUGAAGAAGUGUGAGCUGUAUUGCAGAGAGGAAAGAGCUGGAGCUCCACACCAGACUUGUUGAUUUCCAUCAGGAACCUGGAGAAAGCAUUAAAAGCUGUUAAAUGCAAGAACAGGGAGAGGCCUAAAUUAGCUGUUUGCAGUGGAUCCAGGGAUUAGCAGCAGCUCAGGAGAUCUGUCUGUUCCUGCAUAGGGAGGAGGAUCUUCUGCCUGUCAUCUGCAGCCAGUGGAUGAGGUCACAGGGAUCCCGCACACAGCAGAGGAGAAUGUCUGUCCGAUCCCCUCUCCUGGUGCUUCUCUCAGAAUGGAGGUGAAGAGGAACAGGUGACACGUGGCUUUCACCAACAUAGACCCAGCUAUUCCAACAUUGCCACCAGAGCCUGUUCAUUCCACAGAAAUGCCCGGGUGGAUGAACAAGCAUGGAUCCCGCUCCACUACCUCACUGCCUCCUGAUCCAAUGGAGAUUAUACGAAGCAAGGCUUGCUCAAGGAGGGUGAAGUUAAAUGUUGGUGGGUUAGCGCAUGAGGUUUUGUGGAGGACCCUAGAUAGGUUACCACGUACCAAGCUUGGGAAGCUAAGGGACUGCAAUACGCACGAGUCCUUGAUGGAAAUUUGUGAUGACUAUAACCUUGAGGAAAAUGAAUACUUUUUUGAUCGCCACCCUGGGGCAUUCACCUCUAUCUUGAACUUUUACCGCACUGGAAAGUUGCAUAUGAUGGAGGAGAUGUGUGCUUUGUCCUUCAGUCAAGAGCUGGACUACUGGGGAAUUGAUGAGAUCUACCUGGAGUCUUGCUGUCAGGCCAGAUACCAUCAAAAAAAGGAACAAAUGAAUGAAGAACUAAAACGAGAAGCGGAGACUCUGAGGGAACGAGAAGGCGAUGAGUUUGACAACACUUGCUGCGCAGACAAGCGGAAGAAACUGUGGGAUCUGUUGGAGAAACCAAACUCUUCUGUAGCUGCCAAGAUUUUGGCAAUCAUUUCUAUCCUGUUUAUUGUAUUAUCUACAAUUGCCUUGUCACUAAACACACUUCCGGAGCUACAAGGUGUUGAUGAAUUUGGGCAAAAUACAGACAACCCGCAGCUUGCACAUGUGGAAGCCGUCUGUAUUGCAUGGUUUACAAUGGAAUACCUCCUGAGAUUCUUGUCGUCGCCUAACAAAUGGAAAUUUUUCAAGGGACCCCUUAACGUCAUUGAUCUGUUAGCAAUCCUCCCAUACUAUGUCACAAUAUUCCUCACAGAAUCAAACAAAAGUGUACUUCAAUUCCAAAACGUUAGACGGGUAGUACAGAUUUUCCGGAUCAUGAGGAUACUACGGAUUCUAAAGCUUGCUAGGCACUCAACUGGCCUCCAGUCUUUGGGUUUCACAUUACGAAGGAGUUAUAAUGAACUUGGUCUGCUCAUUUUGUUUUUAGCAAUGGGUAUCAUGAUUUUUUCAAGCUUGGUUUUCUUUGCAGAAAAGGAUGAGGACGAUACAAAGUUCAAAAGUAUCCCAGCAUCUUUCUGGUGGGCAACCAUCACAAUGACCACAGUUGGGUAUGGAGACAUCUACCCUAAAACUCUUCUGGGUAAGAUUGUUGGCGGUUUGUGCUGUAUUGCUGGGGUGCUGGUGAUCGCUCUUCCAAUUCCAAUUAUAGUAAAUAAUUUCUCAGAAUUCUACAAGGAACAAAAAAGACAAGAAAAAGCCAUCAAGCGUAGAGAAGCUCUUGAAAGAGCAAAACGAAAUGGUAGCAUCGUUUCCAUGAACAUGAAAGACGCCUUUGCUCGUAGCAUAGAACUGAUGGAUGUAGUGGUUGAAAAGACUGAAGAGGUGGCAGGAAAGAAAGACAAAGUACAGGAUAAUCAUUUAUCUCCUACCAAAUGGAAAUGGACAAAGAGAACCUUGUCAGAGACGAGUUCCAACAAGUCUUUUGACACAAAAGAACAUGGGUCUCCGGAGAAGAAUCGCUCAUGCUCAAGUCCCCAGCACCUUAAUGUUCAACAACUAGAAGAUAUGUACAACAAAAUGGCAAAAACACAAUCACAACCAACACUCAACUUGAAAGAAUCCAGUCAGUCAGGCAAAGAGACAGAAGAGCUGGAAAUGGAAACAAUCCCAUGUCCAGCCAUCCCAUUGCUGACCACUCACAAGUCAGGUAUUGUGGACAUGAGAAGCAUGUCCAGCAUAGACAGUUUCAUCAGCUGUACCACUGAAUUUCCAGAAUAUGGUGGUUUCUUACAUGGACCGUUGGCAGUUCUGCCAUAUAAAACAAAUAUAGGUUCAGGGCAGGAUACACCCUCUGAUUGGGACAGACCACUCUCCUUAGAUGUCAGUGGUGAGAGCUUCACUGAAAUUAGCCCAAGGGCUGAAAGGAGUCGGCAUUCUGCAUACAUGUUGGACAGUCCCAAAAGUUUAGUUAAAGUUAAAAACCCACUAAUGCUGAGAUCCCUAAAAGUCAACUUUUUAGAAGGUGAUACAAGGACAAUAGUACCAGCACCAAAUAUGCUGAGCCAGUCAGAGCAUAGACAGAGUCACUCUAAGUUGGACAGCUCUUGCUUUUCUGAGCAGUCUGUUCGCAGCCCUGAAACGUCACUGUAUACAACAGCAAGUGCUAGAACACCUUCAAAGUCUCCUGAAAAACACAUGGCAAUAGCUUUCACUUUUCACGAUGCUAAUGUACAUAAAUAUAUAGACGCUGACACAGACGAUGAGGGACAGCUUCUCGAUGGCUUGGAUUCCUGUCCCUCUAAAGAGUUACUGGGCACUGUGAGCCCAAAAUAUAACAUAAGAUACAGUAGUCACCAAAAGCAGAGAGAUACUGUUCACAGAACAGAAAAGAAUCACCUUGAGAGUGCUGCUUUAUCCAGUUCCUCGCGGUACCGAGGACAAAACUGCAUUUACUCCACAGAAGGGAUUACUGGAAGUAGUCGAGGUAACAUGGAACCUGUCAAGAUAGAUAACCAUAUUUCACCAGAAGUCCGUGUGCUACCUGGUGGGGGCGGACAGUCAAACACACAUGGGCCCAGAAUCUGACACAUUCAAACUUUGUGAUGAAUGGAAUGUUCAUAUGUGCACACUGAGCUUCUGCAUGGCAUUGAUAACUAGCAUCUUCUCCCCUUAGUCAGUGGGAGGGCAUAGAGAGGAACACUGGACAGGCCUCCUCUCAAAGUGACUGAAGGAUGAUUUCCUGAACCAUGCUAGAAAUGUCACUGACAACUCAGAUAGAAAACUCUGCAAUGAUUUUAUCUCCUUUAAUGAACUUCUCUCUUGAAAGCCAUUGUGACCAAAAAUGCCCCUAAUUAAGAUGAACUCGCUUUUUAUUUCAUUGUAUACAUACUUUCAUUGCAUUACCUUUACGGUGAAGGUGAGAAAUACAUGACAUGCUCAAAUAUUAAUUCUCAAAUAUUUCUUGAGUAAAAUACAUAAAAGCAUCUCUGUGUAGCUUCACUGUGGUCACACAACACCAUACUGUAUCUCUGGGGGAAUAAAGUGCUGUGUUUCUCCAAUACACCAAUCAAUAACUCUAGGCAAACAAGGUGCAUGUUUCUCCAAUGUACCACUCAAUACCGAGUCUAGAGGAAUACAGUGCUGUGUUUAUCCCCAUGUACCAAUCGAUAUCUCUAAGGGCAUAAAGUGCUGUGUUUUUUCCAGAGUACAGUACCAGGUGGAAUAAAGUGCUGUGUUUCUCCAAUGUACUAACCAAUAUCUCUGGGGGAUAUUGUGCUGUGUUUUUCCCAAUGUAUGAAUUGAACUCUGGGGGAAUAAAGUGCUGUGUUUCUCCCGAUGAACCAAUCAAUAUCUCUGGGGGAAUAAAGUGCUGUGUUUCUCCAUUGUAUUUCUCAAUACCUCUAGAGGAAUAUAGUGCUGUUUCCCCCAAAUGUACCUUGUCUCUGGAGGAAUAAAGCACAGUGUUUCUCCAAUGUACAAAUCCAUAUCUCUGGAGUAAAAAAGUGCUGUUCUCCAAUGUAAUAAUCAAUAUUUCUGGGGGAAUAAAGCGCUGUGUUUCUCCAAUGUACCAAUCCAUAUCUCUGAAGUAAUAAAGUGCUGUGUUUCUCCAAUGUACCAAUCCAUAUCUCUGGGGGAAUAGAGCGCUGUGUUUCUCCAAUGUUUUAAUCCAUAUUUCUGGAGUAAUAAAGCGCUGUGUUUCUCCAAUGCACGAAUCCAUAUCUCUGGAGUAAUAAAGUGCUGUGUUUCUCCAAUGUACUAAUCCAUAUCUCUGGAAUAAUAAAGCGCUUUGUUUCUACAAUGUACGAAUUCAUAUCUCUGGAGUAAUACAGCGCUGUGUUUCUCCAAUGUACCAAUCCAUAUCUCUGGAGUAAUAAAGCGCUGUGUUUCUCCAAUGUACCAAUCCAUAUCUCUUGGGGAAUAAAGUCAUAUGUUUCUCCAAUGUACUAACCAAUAUUUCUUGGAGAAUAUAGUGCUGUGUUUUUCCCAAUAUGCCAUUCAGUAUCUCUGGGGCAAUGAAGUGCUGUGUUUUUUCCUAAUGUUCCAAUGGAUACCUCUAGAGGAAUCAAUAGUGCUGUGUUUCUCCAAUCAUGUACCUAUAAAACACAGGCAAGGUGAGUUGCAUCAGUUGUCAUGGACUUGGGGUGUCAAAUACGUGACAUGAAAUGAUUGUACAGUGCAUUGUUUUAAUUACAGUUAUUUGAAAGCUGUUACUAUGGUUGAUCAGGGCAUUCAAUAUUUUAGUGCUAAAGAAAUAAUACAUUGGGUCUUAGCAUUGUCUAGAGUAUAUUUAUUAAAACCACUGGCGUGCGCAGCACAUUUUAUUAGGGGGUGCACCGUCGGAGGGGUGUGUCUAGCACCGCCUUUUGGCCGUGUCUAGCACCAACUAUUGAUGGUCAACGCAUAUAAAAUAUCCACCUUUGUACCAAGCCUAAUAAAGCAGAUACAUUGUCAGAUGUUGUGGUGUGCACCAAACAAACACCCCUGAUGGCACUCACUGCAAUUACACUGCUCCUCCUCAGCCUGGUCUGGCUCCCCCCUCUCUUUCCUCUGCAAGCUGCAGCAGCUUACUACAAGUCAGUCACUCACUGACACUGACAGUCGCAGACUAGUACUGCUGCUGCUGGAAAAAACGAGUGACGUGUCAAUGCUGCUGCCGACCGCCUGCCAGUAUUGAAUUUGUCUUCCUAAGAGGAACGCUGGCUGCAUGCUGCUCCUCAUCAGUGGCUGGCAUUGGCAUAACAUAGAAGGAGAGAGGUGGGCAUGUGGUGGGUGGGCGUGCGAGCAGCAUGACAUAAUCACGUCACAUAACGCUGUUUUUGUACAUGGAGGUGGAGCUGUGAAUUUGAAAGCCGGUGUCAGUGGCACCCUUGACGCCCCAGGCGUCAGGUCAGUAAUACAGUCUUGACAGGGUGCAGUGCAGAGGGAACAGUAAUCAGCCUGCUCGGCGCUCACUGCAUCAGGCAUGUGAGAUCGGGGUGCCGGACAUUAGGGGGUGCCUGUGCGCACCAGGCACCCCCCCUGCGCACACCUAUGAUUAAAACAAAAUGCAAACAAUUGCUAUUUUGUAGCAUUUUCUAUCUAUGACAUCUGUAGCUGCAGGAGAAAUGUAUAUAUAUAUUUAUUUUUAUCAUUUAAAAAACACUUAACAUUUUUGCACACUUUGCAAGCAUAAGGAACUGUAAAAGUAUAGCACUUUAAAGUAAGUACUACCUUAAUUUGUGCCUCUAAUUGCAAUUUAUGUUUUUUUUUUACUCUGUAACAAUGCAUUACCGAGAAAGGGUUUUGUCUCCCUGGACUCCAUGAAUGCUGUCAUUUCUGGAAACGUUUACACUUUGAGCCUUUGCACUGACACACAAAAAAGGUUUGUGACCAUCGCGCACAAACUCAUUUAGUUUUUUUCCUAUUUUAAAGUGCAGCUAAAUAAUUAAUUGGUAAUUACAGUCUACGGGAACCCAUUUCCAUCUUUGACCCUAUAGAUCUAUUAGGUUUUCCUUAGAUUUAACUUACUUUAA